AUGUGUGAUGAGGAAAAGGUGCAAAUGAAAAGGAUUGACAGCAAUGUCUUAGGAAGCUGGCACACCGGAGGCCAUUUUAGCAAAAAUGGCUCCUUCAUCAUAAAGAACUACCUAACUGGGGGUUUACUAUGGUUCAGCCACAAGUGCAUGCGUGGAAACUCAGAGGAUGAUGAUUUGUUUUUGGGGACUGCCAAAUCAAUGGAAGGUAUUCUCGCAGAUGAGUGCUACCAUCAGGCUAAAAGUGAAGGUUGUAAUGUUGUGGUGGUAUGGCAGGAUGGUGAUUCCAGUUCCCAGAAGUCUGUUGAGAAAGUUUUUGGAGCUGAGCCCAGGAGGGUAUUCAAGUGCGGGGGUCAUGUUGGAAGGGCUCAUGGGAACAAUUUGAAAGACUUAGCUAAGUAAAAGGUCUUUUCAGCUGGACAAAUUAAAAAAUGGAAAGAUACAUUCCCCGCUGUUGAAUCAGUCAAGUGUGCAUGUAAGCGCCACAGCAAAACCUGUGGCUGUUUGUCUGACACAUUUAUCCAGGGUGCACGGUUGAACCACUUCUGCCGUUUGCAGCAGUGCAAGAGUCCAGAUGACUAUGCAAGGCGUAUGAGGAGUUUAGGGGUUCAUCACUGCAAAGAUGAACAUGAAUGGGCUGAUGGGAAAUGUAAUUUCCACCCCAGUACUGUUUGCUCUUGUGGUAAAUGCAACCAAGAUGAGGAAAUAUCCUAUGAGGGAAAAGCGUACUCCACCAAGUCAGUGCUAAGAUGCGAGUUUCAUCAGCUAGCCUACCAAACAGAAUGUGAACUGCGAGCAAAUGAUGCUGAAGCUGUUAUUCACCCUGAAUUGGGAAGGGGACAGUGCAAUUUGUGUGAGGCACAUUUCACUGUCCUGCCACAUUUCAGAGCAAAGGACCAAAGCUUAUGCAGGUACGUACAUGUGAACAAUAGCUUAGCCCAAUUUAUAGAGGACUUUUCUGAAAACAGCCUGUUGGUGAUGGUAACUUUCUGUAUAGACUAUUACUGAUUGUGAUUGGUUUUACUGGUAGUCUUGUUUCAUGUUCUUCAGCAUUUUUGCCAGUCUUACUCUUGAUAAUUCACAUUUUCUUCAGAACAUACUUUCUUCGAACAUCAUUACUAUUACAAAAUUAUGUGUUACUAUUAUUAUUAUUGUUAUUAUUAUUAUUAUUAUUAUUAUUAUUAUUAUCAUCGUCAUCACUAUAAGAAUUAUCAUUGUUGUAAGGCACAUUAUUUUCUUGUUUCCAUGCAACAAAACAGAAAAAUGAAAUCUGAGAAUGUCAGGAAAAAUGGCUUUGCACUUUGUACGUUUGAUCACUACUUAUCUUGAUUAGGUACUAUUGGAGAGUUAUUAGGAAAAUGAGGAAAUCAGAAGCACAGGAAAAUUGACAACUGAUUCCCUGAUCAUGAUUUCUCCAUAGGUUGCAUUACAUCACAUCAACAAACUGUGGACUUGCCCAGGGAAACAUGACAUGGUGUUUUAACCAUCGUGGACCUGACUACCACUGGAUUGUUGAUUUAUACGAGUGCAUGAAUCUGCCUGUCCUACCUGAAGUUGUCCAUGCUUCCCAAAAAGCCACUAAGGAGCGAAAGACGGAAUUGGAGAUGAAGAAGAGUGAUGAAGCGAAAGAAAAGAGGGUCUCACAAAAAAUUGCCCGUUCAGAAGACCAAGAAGAACGAAAAAAAUGGGUCAAGCAGCAAGCCAUUCUUCACACAUAUGUGCGGAGGAUGAGGAUGAUGGCAGUGAAGAGGACAGAACCUUGGUCCAAGAAGCUGAGCACUUAA